GAUUGCCUCUCCGUGCCCACAUCGCGAUGCACCAACUGGCACUGCAGCGCGCCGAGGAGGGCGACUGGGCCGAGCUCGCCGACCUCGCUGAGAACCUCCCGCACUCAAUCAUGGUGGCCGACGAGUUUGGCAUGCUGCCGCUGCACUGGGCGGUGACCGAGCCCGCGGUGCCCCUUGGCAUCCUCGAGCUGCUCAUCAAGGUCUUUCCCGAAGCGUGCGAGACCAAGAACCUCUCGGGCAUGCUCCCGCUCCACGUGGCCAUCUCCAACAAGCUGCCAGCGCUGCAUCUCAACGUGCUCGUGCAGGCGUGCCCGGACGCCGUCUUUGUCAAGAGCGGCGACGGCUACUUCCCGGCCGGGCUCGCACGAAAGCACCGCCUGCCCGAGCACAGCGUCAACGUGCUGAAAAAAUCAGUGUCUCUCCCGGACCGCCGUGCCAGCCUCGGCGCUCGCAUGAGCAGCAUUGGCAGCAGCCUCAACCGGCGUGGCUCCAUCUUGUCGCUGCCGCGCUCCGAGUCGGUCGAGACCAACCUCAAGAGCUACGCGCGCAGCCGGCGGAGCCCGAGCCAAGCGUCGACGAUGAGCUCGCACAGCGCGUUUGACAGUCAGCGAACGAUGCCGUCGUACGUUGGUAGCUCGGCGUCACUCGCGUCGCUGGAUGCACACGAGUCGGACGAUGCGAUCGACGACAUUUCGAGCGACCUGCGCGACCUGACGGGGCAGCUCGCGCAGCUUGGCGCAGCGUUGCGGUCCGCGCCUGCUGCAUCGCCUACCCACAGCGGCGAUGAGAGUGACAUUGGCGCGCGCAUCAAGCGCUUCACGGGCGGCAGCGAGGCCCUCGGCGUGGACGCCUUGCGGACAGGCGACGUGCUCGUGGCCGUCAACGGCAUCAGCGUCGCAACGGUUCCCUUUGGCACGAUCUGCAAGUUCCUCAAGAAGACCAACGUGACGUGCAAGCUCACGUUUCUGCGGCCAGAGACGCCAACCGCCGACGACGAGCACGACCUGCACUACGUCUCGACGUCGUCGACAGGCUCCGAUUUGGAGACGCUGCCACCUGCCUACAGCAAGAUGGCCUCGAUGCUAGAAGAGACAAUGGUCAAGGUCCAAAGCGUCGAGGACCUCUUGCGCUUGAGCUCCGUCAUGGCCGUCUAA